GUUCCCGGCUUUUAUUGCUCCCGCUACGGCCUUGUCUGCUGCGUAGGUUCCCCAAAAAACCUUGGACGCCAUCCUUGACGCUCCGCCACUUGCUCUGUCAGCCCGCACAAGCCGCGUCGCGCUUACUUAGAUCUCGAGUCCCCCGAGUUCCUAAUGUCGAGGCUCAUCAGGUCUCUUGCUCUGUGCCUGUGUCUGAUUUGGUGCCUGGGAUCCGAUCGGCGGCACCGUUGAGACCUGACGCGCGGGGCGAUCGACCCAAGAUUUGGCUUUAGUUGCCAUAUUUAGUAGUAGUAGCUUGGGAUCUCCCGAGCUCCCACUUCCCCUCCAGCAAUAUGGUUCCGAAAACCAUGGUUUCCAACGAGGUCUACCUUCUGUCGCUCAACGACGAUGGCUCACCCCAGGUCGCCGGCGAGUAUAUCUACCUAGCGCCCAAGAACAACGAUCCCAUCACCAUCCGUUUCGCAAUCGAGGGCACUUCGAGCAUCUGCCGCCAUGGCAGCCUGUGGGUCAACAUCCCCGAGAAGGGCGCCGAGUUCCGCCGCGAUAGGUUUCGGGAGUUCAAGCUCGUUCCCGACUUCAAUCGCACGAUCGAGAUCUCAAUCCCAAUCUACGAAGCGGGCGUUUACGCAUUCUACACAACCUACGCCGAGCUGCCCGAUCUAGCCGACAAUCUGACAAGAUCCGGCCGCGGUUCGAAGCCCCAGACCAAGACAACGCCAUGGUACUACAUCGACGUUGCCCCGCGGUUGACGCUGGACGGCCAGCCACUCCCCCUCCCCGCGCUGUCCGUUUUCUCGCUCAUCAGCAAGUUCAUGGGCAAGUACCCACAGGACUGGGAGCGCCAUCUGAGGGGAAUCAGCGACCGAGGCUACAACAUGGUUCAUUUCACUCCCCUCCAGGUGAGGGGUGCUUCGAAUUCGCCCUACAGCCUGUAUGACCAGCUUGGGUGGGACCCGGCCUGUUUCCCCGAGGGUGAAACGGACGUUGAGAAGAUGGUCGAAAAUCUGGAGAAGAACUACUCCCUGCUCAGCCUAACGGACAUUGUCCUUAAUCACACCGCAAACAACAGCCCUUGGCUACAGGAACACCCAGAAGCCGGCUACAACUUGACGACGGCCCCGUGGCUGGAAUCGGCAUAUCUCCUCGACACGAAACUGCUGGAACUGGGCUCCAAGUUGGAACAGCUGGGACUGCCAACGGAUCUGAAGUCUCUGGACGAUCUCCUCAAAAUCAUGGAAGCCAUCAAAAAGGAGGUCAUUGGCGAGAUCCGCCUGUGGGAAUAUUAUGUCAUCGAUGUCGACGGAGAUGCCGAUGCGGCGAUCGAAGCUUGGGUCGCUGGCGAGGUCAAAUUCCCCCGCGGUUCCCUGCCCCCUGACGGUCCGGGUGUUCUUCACUCGGCAACGUCGGAGGAACUAGCAACGUGGUUGACGAAGCACGGCCUCAAGGGGAUGGACCGCCUAGGAGAACGAUUCCGGAGGACAGUUGACCCCAACGUUGCUGCUGCCCUGCUUUCCGCCCUCUUUGGACGAUACGAAGGCGAGUACGGUGCCACCGCUGGCCAGGCGGCUGUCCGUAACAAGAUUGUGGAGAUUCUGGACACCGUCAACGUCCCAUUAUACCAGGAAUACGACGCAGAUCUGGCCGAAACCCUUCAGCAGAUCUUUAACCGAAUCAAAUAUGUCCGCUUGGAUGAGCAUGGGCCGAAGUUGGGUCCGAUCAACCAGGAAAAUCCUCUCAUUGAGACGUACUUCACCCGGCUGCCCAGGAACGAAGUCACGGCGAAGCAUAAGAAGGAGGACUUGGUCCUGGUCAAUAACGGAUGGGUCUGGGGCGGAAACGCGCUGGUCGACAACGCCGGACCGAACUCUCGGGUCUACCUCCGUCGUGAGGUCAUCGUCUGGGGUGACUGCACCAAGCUGAGGUACGGAGACGGUCCGGAAGACAGCCCAUGGCUCUGGGAGCACAUGACCAAGUAUGCGAGGAUGCUAGCCAAGUAUUUUGCCGGCUUUCGCAUCGACAACUGCCACUCGACUCCUAUUCACGUCGCCGAGCACAUUCUCGACGAGGCCCGCCGUGUCCGCCCCAACCUCUACGUCGUCGCCGAGCUGUUCACCGGUUCCGAGGAGAUGGACUACGUGUUUGUAAAGCGGUUAGGUCUUAGCUCGCUAAUUCGUGAGGCCAUGCAAGCCUGGAGCACCGGCGAGCUGAGCCGGCUGGUUCAUCGGCACGGCGGCCGGCCCAUUGGCAGCUUCGAAGUUGACGAGAUAUCGAGCGCCGAGGUGCGCAGCCCCGCGAAGGAACGCGGAGAUGGCGCCGCAAACGGUUACCAGUACACGCGAGAGAUCAUACGCCGCAUCAAGCCCGUGCCUAUCCAAGCCCUCUUCAUGGACUGUACCCACGACAACGAGGUUCCUGCGCAAAAGCGGGAUGCACGCGACACCCUACCCAACGCAGCCUUGGUCAGCAUGUGCGCCAGCACAACCGGGAGCGUCAUGGGAUAUGACGAGAUCUAUCCCAGACUGGUCGACCUCGUCAAUGAAACCCGACUUUACACAUCGGAGGCGUCCAAGUUCCCGGUCAAGGUUGGUGAGGGCAAGGGAGGCAUUGCCGGCGUCAAGAAGCUGCUCAACCAGAUCCACGCCCUGAUGGGCAUGGAUGGCUACGACGAGACUCACGUUCAUCACGAAGACGAAUACAUCACGGUACACCGAGUUCAACCCGACUCGCGGAAGGGAUACUUCCUCAUUGCGCACACCGCGUUCCCCGGAUAUGGCAAUGGAAACGGCGCUCUGAAUCCGGUCCGCCUGACAGGCACAAGGGCGAAGCACCUUGGCAGCUGGAUGCUCGAGGUUGACUCAAGCAAGGAGGCCGUCGAGGAGGUGUUGAGCGACAGGAAGUAUCUGCGCGGCCUUCCCAGCCGCCUCGUCUCAGUCCCCGGUAUCCGCAUGGAGGUCAAGGGGGAUGACACCAUCAUAACCGUGCGCGACCGGUUCCCGCCCGGCAGCAUCGCAUUGUUCGAGACCUGGAUCCCUGCUGCCGAGCACUCCAGCGGCCUGGAUACCUUUGUCACAUCAGGCGCCAAAGCAGCGAUGGAGGAGCUUGACCUGGUGGACCUGAACUUUUUGUUGUACAGGUGCGAGCCGGAGGAGCGCGACGGCAGCGAAGGGCAAGAUGGUGUCUACGAUAUCCCGGGCCAUGGCAAGCUUGUCUACGCGGGCUUGCAGGGGUGGUGGAGCAUCCUCAAAGACAUCAUCAGGGACAACAACCUUGCGCACCCCCUGUGCCAGAACCUUCGUGAUGGACAGUGGGCGCUCGACUACAUCGUGGGCAGAUUGGAGCGUGCAUCCCAGCAGCAACCAGCCUACAGUCGUCUGGGAAAGCCUGCAGCGUGGUUAAGAGAGAGGUUCGACGCGAUCCGUAACGUCCCCAGCUUCCUCCUUCCGCGAUACUUUGGCUUGGUCCUCCGCACGGCCUACAUGGCAGCAUUUGAGAGGGGCAUCUCUCUCAUGAGCAGCAACAUCCGAGGCGCGCAGUGGUUUGUGCAGAGCCUGGCCAUGGUCAGUGUGCAGCAGACGAGCAUAGUCAGGUCCGCCUCCCUCUAUCCGGACCGCCUUGUCCCGUCGCUCGCUGCCGGCCUUCCGCACUUCGCAGUCGAGUGGGCGCGCUGCUGGGGCCGGGACGUCUUCAUCUCUCUGCGGGGCUUGUACCUUGGCACCGGACGUUUCGAGGAAGCAAAGGAACAUAUCCGUGCCUUUGCCAGCGUGCUCAAGCACGGCAUGAUCCCCAACUUGCUCGGCAGUGGCAACAACCCGCGCUACAACUCGCGCGACUCGGUUUGGUUCUUUCUGCAGUGCAUCCAGGAUUACACCCGCCUUGCCCCCGAUGGCUUGUCGCUGCUUGAUGAGAAGGUUAAGAGACGGUUCCUGCCGUAUGACGACACGUGGUUCUCGGUCGACGAUCCCCGGGCGUACAGCAAGGAGAGUACAAUCCGCGAGAUCAUUCAGGAGAUCUUCCAGCGCCACGCCGAGGGGAUGAGAUUCCGCGAAGCAAACGCCGGCCCCGGCCUCGACAUGCAGAUGAAGGACGAAGGGUUCAACCAGGAGAUCAAGGUAGACUGGAGCAACGGCUUCGUCUUUGGCGGCAACCAGCACAAUUGCGGCACCUGGAUGGACAAGAUGGGCGAGAGCGAGCGCGCGGGCUCCAAGGGCGUACCCGGGACCCCGCGUGACGGUGCCGCUGUCGAGAUCAUCGGUCUUCUGUACAGCGCUCUCAACUGGGUCGCAACCUUGAACGAGCAGGGCAAGUACGAGCAGUCCUCCGUCCGCAGGGCCGACGGCUCCGAGAUCUCCUUCCGCUCCUGGGCCGACCUUAUCAAGGCCAACUUUGAGCGCUGCUUCUUCGUCCCCGUCUCCCCCUCGUCCGACCCCGACUACGACGUCAAUCCUUCCAUCGUCCACCGCCGCGGCAUCUACAAGGACCUCUACCGCUCGGGCAGGGAAUACGAGGACUACCAGCUGCGCUGCAACUUCCCCAUCGCCAUGACGGUCGCCCCGGAGCUCUUCGACCCGUCGCACGCGAUGCACGCCCUCUGCAUCGCAGACAAGGUCCUGCGCGGCCCCAUCGGCAUGGCCACGCUGGACCCGAGCGACCUCAACUACCGGCCGUACUACCACAACAGCGAGGACAGCGACGACUUCGCCACCAGCAAGGGCCGCAACUACCACCAGGGCCCCGAGUGGCUGUGGCCGACCGGCUUUUUCCUGCGCGCCCUGCUCAAGUUCGACCUGAUGCGGCGCCCCAAGGACGACGCCGAGGGCCGGACCGAGGCGUUCCAGCAGGUCACCCGGCGACUCAAGGAGUGCAAGGACAUGGUCAGGCGCAGCCCCUGGGCCGGCUUGACCGAGCUGACGCAGAAGGGCGGCGAGGAGUGUCCUGAUUCGUGCCCUACCCAGGCUUGGUCUGCGGGCUGUCUGAUUGAUCUGUACAUGGAUGCUGCCGAGGAGCAGGCGAAAGUAGAGGGCAAGGCGCUGCCUCCUGAGGUGAGACGGGAAUUUGGAUAUGAGAAUUAGGUCACCUUGUACGGAGUAAUAAUAGAUGGAUUCAGGUUUGGGUGUCUGAGGCGUGGGUCUUUUUUCUUUUUCUCUGUUGA